AUGCUUCUCGAACAGGAGCGGGGUGGGAACCGGACCCACCGAGCACCCUCGCAUGGGACAAGUAGGCCGCUUUCUACUCCACGUCGUCUCUCGUCUGCUGCCUCGGUCGGACGGCUAGAUGGGGAUCGGGCCGCCUUUCGCGAGCUUUUCUCCAGCACUACCGUCGUCAUGCACCGAGGGGUCCGUGGCGACACCAGCGACCAUGCGUCGCAUGCGCAGCUGGACGGAAGCAUUCAUCCUACAUGUAGCUCUCCAUGUAGGACGCGGACGUCGUCGAGGACAACGAUGGCGACCGGCAGUGGCAGUGAUCGCGGUGCCUGGGGUCCCUUUCCGUGCCUGGGGCACGGGAAGGGACGGGAGGAUCGCUCGGGAGCCGCGGGGACCGGGCGGGGGAGGUUCAGAAGUGGAAAGCGCGAUUCAAACUCGGAGCGUCAGAUGGACUUUUCUGGCGAUGUGAUUUGA